AUUCAAGGAGGCUUAGAUUUCCUGUUCCUAUUAAACAUUAUCAUUUCUGAUCAUGAAAGCAUGAUUAUUGCAAAAGCAAAGAUUAUGGUGGUGGCUCAUGACUGAGACACAUCAUUUUGCAUACGUUUAUAUAUGUGUAUAUACAGAGGAGGACGGUGAUGCUGCACCUUUGGAAAAAAGUCCAACACAAAACCUCUUUAUUCACUUUCAAAGAGCUCAAUGGUGCAGCAGUAUGUGUAAUGUGUAUAAGUAAAUGAGGCAAGCUAUUCUGUUAAAGAAAGUUAGUGGGUACUGUUACUUUUGUCAAAGUUUAAACACCUAGCUUCCCUCUGACAAAUUCAGUUCUUUCCAAGCUUUUGUAUUUCCUAGUCUUUCCUUUCUCUUUAUUCCUUCCUUUGGAUGCCCGAUUGCCUCUUCAAAUUCUUCUCCAUCUACCCUCCAAUCCCAAAUCUAAGUUGAAGGAGUUUGUUCUUGCCUCUGCAACUUGCAGACAUAUAAGAGGUUUUUGAUUGUUUUCUGUUACCUGGUUUUGAAGAGUUUUGUUCAGAUUUUACAUUUUUAAGAUUCUUUUACACUGCCCAUAUAUGUGUAUAGCUAUUAGGAUUGAUAGAUCUUGAACUGAUUUUUUUCUUUUGGGUCUGUUAGCUUCGUACCCACCAUUCCGAUUUUGCUGUAUAGUUGCUGAAGAGUUUAUUGAUUUUGGAGUAGACCUCCUGCUCCUAUUUCGUCCAUAAGCUAUCAAAUCCUUCUUUGUCUGUAUUGAGUAGUCAUGGCUUCCAAUGGUUUUGCCAAGGUUUUAAAGCGAAAUUCAUGGAGACUGACCACAAUAUUGGUUUACGCAGUACUUGAAUGGAUGCUAAUAUUACUAUUGCUGAUUAGUGCUCUGUUUCAAUACAUAACCACAAAGUUUGCUAGUUUUUUCGGUUUACAACCACCUUGCUUAUGGUGUUCUAGAUUGGACCAUAUCCUAGAGCCAAAAGAGCCCGACUUUUACAGAAAGCUCAUAUGCGAUCGCCAUGCUAAGGAGAUUUCCUUGUUGGGUUAUUGCCGAAAUCACAGGAAAUUGGCAGAUGCUCAUGGAAUGUGUGAGGAUUGUGCAUUUUCAAUGCCUACUCAUUGCUCUGCAGAAAACAAUGAAAGCAAGCCAAGCUGGAUCACAUGUAUGUCUCUGGUAGCAGACAUGGGCUUUGAUCUGCCAAAGAAAACAGUUGCCAAGGGGUUGCUGACAAAUGGUCACGUUGAUGAGUUCAAGCCACGAGGUGCAGAGCCAGACGAGAAACCAAUGAAUGGCUGGGUAAGUGAGGAAUUGUGCACUUGCUGCAAUGCUCCUUUGGUUCAUAAAUUGUAUUCCCAUAAUAUUAUCAAAACUAUUUUGUUUGAUGGGAAGGAUGAUACGAUCCUCAAACCCCAAUGGAAUACAUUGGAUUAUGCUGGAAAUUGUCUAGAAAGAGCAUUGGAAGGCGAGAAUGGAUUGAAAAAACAAUCUGUCUGUGUCUGUGGAGGCACCCAGGUCAAGAUCUCAGAGGUGUUUGUGAGUUCUCCCAAUGAAUCUAAUGUUGUUUCAUCAUCAUCUGUAACAAUCCUAUCAGAUGAUGAAACGGAGUCAAGAGAGGAGAAGGUGGACAGCAACUCAAUUGACCUUGAAGAAAACGCCAAGGAUGUUUCUGAAACCCAUUGUAGUGAAGCACCUGAUGAGGUUCAAAUUGAGCCUAGAAGUCUUGAAGUUUUUCAGGAUGAUGUUGAUUCUGCAGUGACCAUCCAGCCUGAUAUCUUUGUUGAUAAGAGAAUAGCAUAUCCUGAGAUUACCACACAAGAAUGUGGAAUGGUACCUGACGUGACGAUUACAGAAAUGGUAAUCGAGGACACAGCCAAUGAUCAGGUCAUCAAGAGGUUAGCCUUUGUUGAAGAGCCUCUUGAAUCGACUUCUGAAGAAGCUACAGAAGACGUGGAGGGAUUAAUUCAAGCUUCUGCUGAUGUGGGAAAUCAAAAUGAAGAAUCCAUAGAAGAUGUGGCGAAUCAAAUUGAAGCAUCCAUAGAAGAUGCAGAGGAUCAAAACGAAGUAGCUGCUGCGGACAGUACUUGCAACAGCUUGCAAUUAGAGGAGAUUGCAUCUGAAGUCGUCACGAAGGGCUUGGAUGAUGGAGAUGAUUCAGACCCGCACACGACAUGUUCUUAUGCUGGUUCUGUAGACCUCCUGCCAAAAUCUUUUGAGGCGUCCCCUGAUGCUGAGGACAUCCCUGCGGAGGUGGAACUAGUUGAAGAAAGAGAUUGUGUUGCUGUGACAGAACAAGGGGAUAAUGCUACAGAAAUCACCAACGAGGAUUACACUGAACUUCCAUUGGAGGAUACUAUUGCCGUUUCUGAGCCUUUCCCAGUGAAUAUAGAUGAUCACACUGCUUCUCUGAAUAGUGAAGGGGUUGCUGAUGAAACCCAAGAUUUAGAGGAUUCAGAAAUGGAUGGGAUCAAGGGAUCAGAAGCUGAUCCUCGUUCACCUGAAAUAGUUACAGAACCCACUGAAAUUGGCAAUGAGGAAACAACAUCCACUGAUGUUGUCACUGAAGAAUCAACAUCCACUGAUGUUGCCGCUGAAGAAGAAACAUCCACAUAUGUUGCUACUCAAGAAGCAAUACCCAAUCUUGUUGCGACUGAAGAAGCAACACCCAAUCUUCUUGUGACUGAAGAAGCAACAAUGGAGAUUUCUGAUGCUCUGGACGUGGAUUCCAGAAGAGAAGAGAUUGAUGCAGUCUCCGAGUACAUUGAUGUGACAACCAGAGAAGAUCAGAGAUGUAAUGGACCUGCAUUGGGAGACCUGGAUGGCAAUUCUAUCCAAAAUUUGGAUCAGAAUAGCACUGAGGCUGGUCAUCAAGAGCACAAUGAAGCUGACAAAAUGGAUGAAGACAGAGCCUCUGAAACACCAAGGUCCAUAGAAGGUAUUCAGUUUCUACAUAAAAGAAUGCAAAUUGAUAGGAAGGAAUCUAGUCCAGACUCUCUUGAUGGAAGUAUUAUAAGUGAAAUUGAUGGAGAAUUUGAAGCUGAUCGCCUCAAGCGUGCACUAGAGGCAGAGCGGAAGGCUCUGAAUACUUUAUACUCAGAGUUGGAAGAAGAAAGAAAUGCUGCUGCAAUUGCUGCAAAUCAAACUAUGGCUAUGAUCACAAGGCUACAAGAGGAAAAAGCAGCAGUACAAAUGGAGGCCUUGCAAUACCAAAGGAUGAUGGAGGAGCAAUCUGAAUAUGAUCAGGAAGCUCUACAACUGUUGAAUGAGAUUCUUGUGAAGAGAGAAAAAGAAAAGCAGGAAUUAGAGAAGGAACUUGAUCUUUGCAGGAGGAGAUUGCUACAGUAUGAAGCAAAAGAGAGGAGAAUGGAGAAAAAAAUGAGGACUUAUGAAAAUGAAAGACCAAGUUCUGCAGAGAAAGGGGAAGAAACACCCGAGAAUCAAUCUUGCAGAAACAGGACAUCUUCAAGCUCUUCCCUGAGCGAUAAUAGUGAUGAUGUCUCAUCUGAUCCUAAUGAUGUCAAUGAUCAAUUGGAAGCAGGGGAGAUUAACCAAAAUACCCCAUCUGACUUGAUCAUGAGCGUGGGAAGAGGGUAUGUUGAUACAGAACAGAGGACUAGUUUGGAUGAGUCACUGGUUGAUUUUGAGGAGGAAAGGAUAUCAAUUUUGGAGCAAUUAAAAGUUUUGGAGGAGAAGCUUCACACGUUUGCCAAUGAUGAUCAAGCUGGAAUGGCUCAUCCAGAGGCAAAUGGAAUAGAGGAUAACAUGAAAGAAAGUGAUGAAGACAAAGAAACUGUGGAAACAAUGAAUGGCAAUGGAACUCCUACUGCUAGGAGAGUAGGAGGGGGCAAAGGAAAAAGGCUUCUUCCUCUGUUUGAUGCCACAAAUGUUGAAGAAGAUUCAUUGCAUCAUGCAGAAGAGUUGUCCUUAGCAGAUCGGUCUAAUGACUGGCAUAAUGUUUCUAUGGUUGUAACAGACAACAAUAGGCUUGUUAUCGAAGAAGAAGUGUACAAUUUAUACGAGAGAUUGCAGGCUCUUGAAGCUGAUAGGGAGUUCCUCAAACACACCAUAAAAUCACUGAGAAAGGGUGAUGAGGGUAUGAAGCUUCUUCAAGAAAUUGCUCAACACCUACGAGACCUCAGAAAGGUAGAACUUAAAGCCAGGAACUACAGUGAUCUCAUGUAAUCAAGUACAGUUCUCCUAUCAAGAAAGGUCAAUGUUCUAAUGGUGCUGCAGCCUGAAUAUUGAGAAACCAAUCAGAUAUGUUCCUUAAACAUUAUAGGUGAUAUUGAACAGAGGGAGAUGCUGGAUGGCUGAUUGUUUUGCCUAUAUUCACAGCUUUAUUACACCAAAAGCUAUCAGGUUGGCAUUGAACAUCCAUUGGAAAUCUAAGCACAGAUGCAGCUAUGCCAAAAAUGCAUUGAACAUCUAAGAAGAAUAUGGUGAUUGAUUCAUGGCUUUUUGCUGUAUGAGUCUUAUUAUAACAGGUUUUGAGAUGUUUUCAUACAAGGUUUGUUUGAGGUCAGAAAUGUUUACAGCAAAGUUAGGGUCUGGUUUUUUGGGUGGGGCCCUUUUCUUUUGUCUAAAUAUACGAGAUGGUUAUUAUCUCCACUGUAACCCAUUCUGUGCGGUUGGGUAAUACGUUUACCAAGUGUGAGAAGUGUGUAGUUAUUAUAGAAGCCUGACAAUGUUCAUUGGAGGCAAAUCAAUUAUUAUAGUAUUGUAGGGGGAGGGGGUGAUGAAGGAUGGUUGCCAUUUUUUAGAGUGAGCAAAUUGUGGAAUUGAUUUCUUUUAAAUAACGGUUCUUUAGUUGGAACGAAAGAAUGUCAGCUUGUGGAUAUUUGAUAUAAAUCUAUUGUUGAUAUUAACAAUGCAAAAUUAUUUUUCUUUCUUAA